AGUAGGUAAAGGUAACUUGGUGUGACUGUUGGUCUUAUGCAAAAUAAUUCAAAAGAAAGAAACUUGGGGACAACAAGUUCAAGUGGAGUUAUGUCACAAGGGAACAUUCAAAUUACAGGACUAUAUGAACUUCAAAUGACCUUUUAGUAGCAGCUGAGGUGAGAUUCUCAUUUCUUCAGGGCAUAGUUUCUUAUAGUCAAGCAUUUUAACCUUUUUACCAUUUUUAUUCUGCUAUAAAAUCCUUCAGGGAUCCUUGACUACUGAAUAGUCAAAAUGUCUACGAAUGGAGUAAACACAGCUCUAAAGCUUCAGUUUGGACUUAUAAAUCACGGAAAUCGUUACCUCACCGCAGAGGCAUUUGGCUACAAGGUAAAUGCAUCUGGAACCAGCAUGAAGAAGAAGCAGAUCUGGACCCUGGAGCAUGACCAGGACAGCCAGGUGGUUUUCUUGCGCAGUCACCUUGGACGAUAUCUGGCCUCAGAUAAAGAUGGCAAGGUAAGCUGCGAGGCGGAAGUGCCAGACACUGACUGCCGUUUUUUUAUUGUGAUCCAGUCAGAUGGACGCUGGGCUUUGCAGUCCGAGCCAUACUUGCGUUAUUUUGGAGGCUCUGCAGAAUACCUGUCCUGUUUUGCCCAGACCAUCGGGGAGUUUGAGCUGUGGUCCAUGCAUCUUGCACUUCACCCUCAAGCUAGCCUGCUUAGUGUAGCUCGAAAACGCUAUGCUCACCUGUCCACCGAAGUUGACGAGCUCUGCAUGGACAGCAACAUACCUUGGGGUGUGGAUUCCCUGGUCACCUUGGUCUACCUGGAUGGGAAAUACAGUCUGAAGACCUGUGACAACCGCUUUCUCAGCAACGAUGGCAAGCUGGUGAUUGACAAUGGGCCUAACAUCAGUUUUACCCUGGAGCUCAAGUCUGGCAAGUUGGCUUUCAAGGACUGUGAGGGGAAGUACCUGACCCCAACAGGACCCACAGGUACCCUGAAGUCUGGGCGCUGUUCGAGGCCAGGGAAGGAUGAGCUCUUUGAUCUGGAAGAGAGUUACCCACAAGUUGUUUUCCAGGCAGCCAACAAAAGAUAUGUGUCAAUUCGGCAAGGCAUUAGCAUCUCUGCAAAUCAGGAUGAUGAGACAGACACAGAGACGUUUCUGAUGGAGAUUGACAAAGACAGUAAGAAGUGUAUGUUCAGAACCUAUGGUGGAAAUUACUGGACACUCGUUACACACGGAGGCAUUCUGUCCACGGCCACAGAACCAGAGGAAAAUACCAUGUUUGACUUUGAGUGGCUGGGUCGGAGUGUCGCUUUUAGGGCAAGUAAUGGAAAAUAUGUCUGCACAAAGAAAAAUGGGCAGCUUGCUGCUGUCAGUGAUACUUUAGGGGAGGAUGAGAAGUUUGUGUUAAAGCUGAUUAAUCGUCCUAUCCUGGUCUUGCGCGGAGAGAAUGGCUUCGUGUGUCACCACAAAAGCUCCAACACACUGGAUGCCAAUCGCUCUGUUUAUGACAUCUUCUCAUUAGUAUUCAGCGAUGGAGCAUACCAGAUAAAAAGUGGAAAUGGAAAAUUCUGGUAUGUUACCAGCAGCGGUCUGGUGUGCACAGAUGGGGACAAACCUGAGGAUUUUGUCUUUGAGUUUGUGGAGAAUGGGCGGGUCGCCAUCAAGGCUCAAAAUGGCAAGUACCUGCGUGGAGAUCAGGGAGGCACACUGAUGGGUGAUGGCCUCAGUGUGGAUGUCAAUUCAUUGUGGGAACACUGAGUUCUGACCACACAAUCACAGGCAACCUGCUACAGACUUAUGGACAGACAAAGAGUACCCACGAUGACACCUGUUAAAAUCUGACAUUUUAACAAUAAAUUUUUCUUUCACUUUCUUUCUUUUGAUUUUUUGCCCAUGUGAAAUAGCAAUGAUUUGUAUCUGUUUUGCUAAUGCUGCAUUUAUUCGUGUCAACUUUAACACAAUUCUGCAAUGGUAAACAUUAAGGAUGAUGUUGGAAAAGUGGCUAUAAACUCCUAAAGAGGAUAACAAUGGCUCUGUAAUCCUCGUCCCAUAAAUGAAACUGUGUGCUGUUGUGUAAACCUCCUGAGAGGCCUUAAUACCCAGCAUGCACUCAUAUUUGUCUCAUUUCCUGUAUCCUUAAAGGUUUAUUACAAAUCUGUUUAUGUUGACAGAUACAUUGAAUGUAUCUUAUUAGAAUGAUGGACAUUUAAAAUCCCCAAACGUAUGACAUGCUUCUAAUUUUCAAUCAUGCAUUGUGGUUUAACUGUGGUCUGAAGGUGUGUGUGUUUCUGUGAGUUUACUUUUACAAUCUGUUCAAGAGUGAAUAACAUGAACACUUCAUAUAUUUCUUAAUUAUUUAUAUUUGAUUAUAA